GAAUCCUCUAUAGCUCGACCUCGCGCGGUGUGUGUUGCUCUUAAUAGUAAAUUAUAUUUGGGAUAUAAAACUGAAAACAAAACAAACUAAAACAAACCAAAAGUGAAAUUUAUUAUACCAACAUGACAUUAUUGGCAAUCAAUUUUUCGGUGUAUUUGCUUCUGAUAACAACUGUUAAAUACCAUGAAGCUGUCGUGUGUGGAACACAUCCAGAUUCCUGUCCACCAGAGAAGAUAAAAUAUCGCCCAUUGGAUGGAUCUUGCAAUAAUUUAAAAAAUCCUGGAAUGGGGACUGCAAAUCAGCCGUAUGCUAGGUGGAUUGAGAAGCCCAAUUAUUCUGAUGGUAUAUCAGAACCACCGGUGGCGAAAAGUGGAAAACCUCUUCCAAGCGCACGCUUCGUCAGUGAACGAACAUCCAGGCAAAUCCCUACUGAACGUGCUAAUGUAGUUCGUUUAGUUGGUGGAUAUCACCAAUUCAUAGCCCACGAUCACAGUCUUAAUGUAUUACGUUCUAAGGGCGCAUGUUGCACGCCUGAUAUGCAUCCAUUGGCACAUACACCUGCGUUUUGUUUCAACAUAGAUGUACCCGAUAAUGACCCUGAUUACUCUCAAUACAAUGUUAGUUGUAUGCCCAUAGUUAAAACAACAACAACUAUUGACUUGGGUUGUACUGCAACAAACCCUAAACCAUAUGCAGAUCAAAUUUCAAUGGUGACAGGUGGUCUUGAUCUAAAUAUUGUGUACGGUGACACUGAAAGAGAAGCUAACGAAUUACGUACGUUUAGUGAGGGCCGCUUGAUAACUAGGAACGGGGGAUAUUUACCAAUCAGACCAGGAUGUGCCAUUCCUUCUAAUACUCCGCACGUUUGUUAUAAAGGAGGUGACUUUUAUAGACUCAACCAGAAUUUAGACGUUACCAUCAAACAUAUUAUAUGGGUUAGACUUCACGAGUGGUGUUGCGACCGUAUGGUAUCAAUAAAUCCACAUUGGAACGAUGAAAAGAUUUACCAAGAAUGCAGAAAACUUAGUAUUGCGAUACAUCAGCAUCUUGCUUUCAACGAAGUGUUCCCUGCCAUUAUCAGACGCAAAGCUAUGAAGAACAGAAAUCUUCUUUAUCCAUACAAGUUGUUCAAUAGAUCUAAAUACGAUCCUUCUUGCGAACUUAAUCCAUUGACUGAGUUUGCUAAUGGGGCUUACAGAAUAUUGCAUGCUGUUAUUGUUGCAUGCUUGAAAAUGGCUAAUGAAAAGCGUGAGAGUAUGGGCGAUUUGAAAUUUAUCGAUCACAUAAAUAAUCCUGCAGUACUUGAACUAAAUGGUACUUUUGAUCAUCUGAUACGUGGAGGUACUUGUCAAAGAGCUAACAAAGUCGGUUCGUCAUUUGACCCAGUUGUUACCACAAGCAUUCGGUUUGGUAUUAGUCCUUUCAAAUUUGGAGUAGACUUACAUGCCACAGAUAUUCAAAGGAGCAGAGAUCAUGCAAUCCCAACUUACAGUACCAUAAGAGCAAAGUGUGGACUUAAAAAAGCGACUUCCUUUGAUGACUUUCUAGAUGUAAUGACGCAAGAGAGAGCUGACUUAUUAGCAAGUGUUUAUGAAGAUGCGCAAGAUGUAGAAUUCAUAGUUGCUGCUGCGUUGGAAACGCCCAAGCCACAUUCUUUGCUGGGUCACACAGCGGAGUGCGUAUUUUUGGAGGCUCUCGAACGUAUGCAAAAAUGCGAUAGAUACUGGUGGGAUAAUAAUCAAAAUCAUUUUACGGAUCCUCAACUGGAAUCAAUACGAUCAAUGACUGUGGCUUCGCUCCUUUGUUUGACUGGCGAUAAUAUAAAAAAUAUGCAGCGCCACGCCAUGAAACCUAUUCAUCCUAUCAAUAAUCCAAUCGUAAGCUGUGCAGACCAACCUCCCAUGUCUAUGGAAGCUUUUAGAGAAAUUAGUUCAUUAUAAAAUCGUUUUUUGAAAAUUUCUUUGACAUAAUAAAAAUAAUUUUAAAUAUAAAAUAUGUAUAAAAAAAUUGUUAAUCCAAAAGAAUUGUUAUGUAUUUAAAUAGAUAGAGUAGAACCAGAUUUGCUG